AUGGCGCUGAGGAGAGGAGCCGGGUUGGCGGCUUUUGAGAGACACAAGGCGGACAUACAAUCCUACGCCACUCUCUCAGAAUCAUUGACGCGCCAGUCUCUCGACGCGCUCGAAGUCCAGCUCGACCACUUUCGAAUGACGCUCCAGCGCUUUGCAAGCUCCCACAGAGAGGAUAUCAAGAAGGAUCCCGAAUUCAGAGCACAGUUUCAACAAAUGUGCAUCUCCAUCGGGGUCGACCCGCUCGCUGGGCCGCAGAAAGGCGGGUGGUGGGCAGAGAUGCUCGGAAUGGGCGAUUGGCAAUACGAACUCGGGGUACAGAUUGUCGAUGUCUGCGUCGGUACACGGGACAAGAACGGUGGCAUGAUCGACAUGCGCGAACUUCUCAGGCUGCUCAAUAAACUGCGUGGAAUCGCAGUUCUAGAAGGCAAGGAAAGCAGCACCCCAGGAGCAGUCACAGAGGAGGAUGUACUAAGGAGUAUCAAGACGCUCAAACCGCUCGGGGCAGGUUACGAGAUUAUCCACAUUGGGAGUCGGAAAAUGGUCCGCUCCAUUGUCAAGGAGCUCGACAUGGAUCAAGCCAAAGUGCUCGAAAUUGCUGAAUCUGUCGGUGGCAAGGUCUGGGCAGAACUCGUCGCUGAAGCGGCUGGUUGGCCAGUCGACCGUGCAGUGGCGGCACUGGAGAACAUGCUCCUCCGUGAUGGUUCUUGCUGGAUAGACGAUCAAGAUCCAGAAGCGAGCGCCGUAUAUUGGGUCAUCUCAGUUCUGGAGUGGGAGUGA